CUGCAAGAGGUCACGCUACGAGGGGCGACAGUGAAUUAGCAUCUAUUGGUUUGCAUGGCAAAAAGAUUUACCUUCGGUAUCAAAACCAAUUCUUGUAGUUUCCGAACCUACCCUCCCGAAAGAAACAGGCUGAAUUUGUUAUAGAGUGGAUGCUCAGAAACAUAUACAAUUUGAGGCCUUCCUCCUGGCCUAACCUACAUGCUGUGUGUCUCACGCAGGCCUCUGUGGUUUCCCAAUCAUUUUGAAGGCCAUAUUUACAUUUUUGGCCAGUUUGUUUCUGUUCUGAGCUCAGCACUUCACUUAAAAAUAUCCUGUCUGCUGCCAUAAAAGUGUCCUAAACACACACAGAUGUUGCAUUGCGAAAAGAUCUAUCUGCUGUAAAAAAAAAAAAAAAAAAGCAUCCGUAGAAAUAAUUCUACGCCAGUGUCUGCACAGUACGAUCAUUAAACAAAACAAGUAGACAAGAGUAAUGGUGUUUAUGCCGUGUGCUAUGAACGAUCCAACUAGUCCAGCUCCCUUUAAUCAACUUGCAACUAUCCUCGGUAAUCUCAUAUUAUCAGCAUAUUGACAUAGCAGGCAGAUAAAGUCCUUGUAUUUAAUUUGUGUUGUAUUUAAGUUUCAUUUCUGUACCAGGUUUUGGUUGCUUCACUUUGUCCGUCAUAACUUCAUCGGAAGUGACUCACUGAACUUGUAUUUGAGUCUAUUUUUACCUCCUGCUGUACCUGUAUUUCUGCAUUUUUGGAAGCGGAACUAAGCGUGUGUAUUUAUACAGUAUAUCGGUUUGUUUUUAGCCUCUGUUCUUUUUUUUUUUUAUCUGAUAACUGCAGCUACAGGCCUUUUAAUACAUGACAUUUUGUCACGUAAUGGUGAUGGAAUUUCAAAAAACUUCCCUUUAUAACAGCUGCUGUCCAAGUGUGUUGUUCACGCCCCUGCGCGAUCAGAGUUCAUUCACGCGUUCAUUCAUGUUGUCAGUUGCUAAAACUAUAUUUGUUUUAGUUGGAUUGUACUGGAGUUUAAAGAUCUUUCUUUCAACCUGUGGAGCAGGUCACCUCUGGCAACCUAGUUUAUAUGCAGUUGGACUUGGCCCUAUUUACAUACCGUCACUUGCUAAAAACAAAUGCAUUCUUUUAUGCUAUAUUAGACCGCAUUUGUUUACCCGACUGUUACGACGUUCAGUUUCUUUUAAAAUGAUCUGAGGAAAUGUGGUAAGUCAACUGUAUGAUCCUUUUUGGUGGAUGUCGCUUGCGGGACUGUCUAAAUGGGGCUGUCUCAACACAACACAAUACAACUCAAUAGUGCUACAAACCACAGUCUUCAACGUGAACAACCAAUUCAAUCAACAGCUCUCACGGUUAUUUUAAGCUAACGCUAAAUACCAUGACCUUUAUGAAGCUAAGAUUUAUGAGAGGACUGUCAUGAUAGAAAGCAUUGUUAAAAAAAAAAGAAAAAUAAGUGCAAUUUGGGCACAUUGCUGUCUGCUUGGUCUCAGUGUUGUGUUCUGUUCACUUCUCUUUCUACAACAGUGGAGUAGUAGUUAUUUUCAUUGGAAAUUUUUUUUUUGCAGUUUUCUAUGUAAUUUUCGCACUUUGCAAAUUCACGCAGUCAAAUUGGGCCAGAUUAGACCCUCUCUCGGGCCGCUUUUGGGCCGCGGGCUGUACGUUUGACACCCAUCCACUACAGGAACAAACAGUUUUGUGUGGAGCCAGAUGUGAUAAGCAUCCCUACCCGGCACAGUUCACCAGGUGGAGCCCUCGCACCAGCAGCACGCAGGCGGAUGAAAGUGACACUUCCAGCUGGUUUUAUCAGCAGUUUCACCGCCGACACGCAAACUCGGCGACGAGGAGACAGACAGAUGAAGCUCUCGGUGGCGGCGGACAGGCUUUCUCCUCUGCGUUUUGCCUUUGUCGAAGCUUAACUCUGCGCGGACGGACCAGAGAGCAAAAAAAUAUAUAAAUAAAUAAAAGCUCCGAAGAUGACCAGGAGAGACGGUCCGACGACGUUUACAUCCGUCUUUUCUGUUGUCUGAUGUGCUCUCGUUGCCUUUAAGGCGACUCUCGGUGCGGACGUUGUCGCAUGAAAUAAAAAGCGUCGCUCUUGAACUUCACCUCCAAAAGUGGAUGUGAUCCUCAGCAAUCCGGUUUCAUUACCCGUCAGUGGGAAGCAGCCCAUGGACCUAAGUGUGACACACAGGUUGUUACCUCCAGGCCCAGAUUCGGCCAUGCUGGCCCCCCACCCUCCGUUCUACUUGGGACAUCUCACCCCUCAGCAUUGCUCCCAGUUUUCCCAGCCGCACUUGCAGUACAACAUUGAAUCGAGGCAAAGAGCCAUGGAGGAGAACAGAGAGGAGCUACAGCCGCUGAUACGGAAGGGCAAAAACGAGCAGAGUGCUAUAGCCAGUCCACUGGUAAGGCAGAAACUUCGGGACCAUAUAAUUAUGAAGAACCAGCCUACCCAUGACAGGGUCACUCCCAACCACAGCAGUCCUGCCCCAGGAUACAGGUUACCAGUUCCUGACAUGUCCCCAAAGCCCCAGCCGACAACCUGUGACCAGCGCAAGGACCUCGCCCUGCGGAGAACAGUCUCUGAGCCCAUACUGAAGUUAAAAUUGAAGAAACUCAUCAACACAAGGCCAAACCCGCUGCAACGAAAGAUUAGCGCCCCUCCUGCUGUCAAGCACAGGCCAGAAACUCUGGACUCUUCCCCAAGCAGCAGCAGCAACCCAGCGUCUGGGGGAAGCUCGCCAAACGACAGCCUCCAUUCAGAUACCGGGGCUCUACCGCUGGCCCACGAGAGGCUGCUGCUGAGGGAUGGCAAUUUAGCCCAUUUCGCCUUGCCUCCCAACCCCACUGCCAUGCCCAACAUCACUGCAGGUCUCCCAGCACAGGACGACUUGAGGGUAGCGAGGCCGUUGGCAGUUUCUGCCAUGCAGCCGGUUUACCUGCCUAUAGAUGGCAGCGGUCCAGCUCUGGGUCAGCGCCUGCAGCCUGUGUUCAUCCUUGAGCCGCACACUGGGCUGGUGCACUCGCAGCUCGUUUCACUUCCUGCUCUGAGCUCCUUUCAUGGGCAGAAGCAGCCUCACCUGUCCUCCUCCAGACGGGAAAGCUCAGGCACCUCCCACAAACCGCUGGAGCGAACGCGCUCAGAGCCGCCGCCCUACAGCCACUCGCUGUCUAUGCAUACCCUGCACGCCCAGCACCAGCUGCUGCAGUACUACAAGAGCGGGCUGGAGAUCAAACAGAAUCCACACCUGGGCAAGCUGCCGAGCAAGUCCGUUGAGAAGCCCCGCCUGACGCAGAUCCCCUCAGAGGAGAUGGACCUGGACGACGUCGGAUCGGGGCCAGCCUCGGGGACGGGGUCGCUGUGCGGGUCAGAGCCCGGCGAGGACGGCUACCCCAGGAGACAGAGCAACGCCAGCACCGACUCGGUUUACGACACAGAGUCCACUACCUCGUCCAGAGAGAGCUUGAUCGAGUCCUCCCAUUCCUUCGGUCAGAGGCAAGUGAUCCUCAGACCAGGACGCCAGCUAGAUCCUCUGGGUGUGCCUGCCCUGAUCUGGCCUCACCAGCCUCUGGCUCGGACCCAGUCCUCCCCGGCCUCGACCACCCUGCCUCCCGCUUCGCACCUAUCCUCCACUAUACCUUCGCUGUCGCUGUCCAGCCCUGCUACAGACAUCCAGCUACGCUUCACCACAGGUUUGGUGUAUGAUGCUCAGAUGCAGAAGCACCAGUGUAUAUGCGGGGACAACAGCCGCCACCCUGAGCAUGCCGGCAGGGUCCAGAGCAUCUGGUCCAGACUGCAUGAAAGAGGUCUAAGGAGCCAGUGCGAGCGUAUUCGCAGUAGAAAGGCCACCCUGGAGGAGCUGCAGUCAGUCCAUUCAGAAAAACAUGUGCUUUUGUUCGGCACCAACCCACUCAACCGCCUCAAGCUGGACAACCGCAAGCUCGCUGGAAUCUUAUCGCAACAGAUUAUUGUGGUGUUGCCAUGUGGAGGAGUCGGGGUAGAUAUCGACACGGUCUGGAACGAGCAUCACACAUCGGCAGCUUCGCGCAUCGCUGCUGGAUGUGUCACAGACCUGGCACUCAAGGUGGCGCAAGGAGAGCUGAAGAAUGGCUUUGCGGUGGUUAGGCCCCCUGGACACCAUGCAAACCAUUCCUCCCCUCUGGGCUUCUGUUUCUUCAACUCGGUGGCCAUCGCUGCCAAGCAGCUCCAACAGAAACUCAACGUCAGCAAGAUCCUCAUCGUGGACUGGGACGUGCACCACGGCAACGGCACCCAGGAGGCCUUCUACAGCGACCCGAGCGUGCUGUACAUCUCCCUGCAUCGCUAUGACAACGGCAACUUUUUCCCCGGUAGUGGACAUCCCAGUGAGGUGGGCGCAGAUGCGGGUGAGGGCUUCAAUGUGAAUGUCGGAUGGACGGGAGGUCUGAACCCUCCGAUGGGCGACGCGGAGUACUUGGCUGCAUUCAGGGCUGUGGUGAUGCCCAUCGCCCACGAGUUCUCCCCUGAUGUGGUGCUGGUGUCGGCUGGCUUCGAUGCCGUCGAAGGACAUUCGUCGUCGUUGGGAGGUUACAAGGUCACGGCCAAGUGUUUUGGCUUCCUGACCCGUCAGCUGAUGUCACUAGCCGGGGGUCGCGUGGUCCUGGCUCUGGAAGGGGGGCACGACCUCAAAGCCAUCUGUGACGCCUCAGAGGCCUGCGUCAGCGCCUUGCUCGGCAUGGAGGUGGAGCCUUUGUCCCAGUCUGUGUUGGACCAGAAGCCUUGUGAAAACGCGGUGCUGUCUCUGCAGAGAGUCAUCCAGGUUCAUGGUGAAUACUGGCAGAGUGUGAAGGACUCGGCCGCCACGCUGGAUCUGUCCUACCUGCAGGCGCAGAGACGGAGACACAGGCGAGACUCGGACAGCGAGGCGGUCAGCGCCAUCGCCUCGCUGUCCAUGGGAUCCCUCGCACCCGACAGGAAACAUCCCGAUUCUCUCUGAAGGAGGAAUCUCCUGACGGUUGCCUUCAGUGAGCGCACACGCAAAGCUGUGCUUUCGGACCAUCACUGGAAGCAGAGACACAAAACCUCACAAUAACCGCACCUGCAUGACUACUGGCUGACCACUCUGAUUUCAAACACACACUGAGGAAGAACAGUCAUCUGGACCACAGUCAUCUUUUCAUUCCUGGAGGGGACGUCCUUCACUGGACCAAGAGACAGUUUUCAAAAAAAAAAAAAAAAACUUGACACAAAGCAGAUUAAUGAAGGAUCUCUUGCGGCAACAUGACGUAGCAUGAACGAACUCACACACCUCACUCACUGACUUUGUGUUUUUGGCACGAGACCACUCUGACGGCCUUCACCUCAGAGGUGGGACCAGGGGUCGCCUCAGCUCGAUGGAGUCACAGGUGAAGGGGAGCAGGCGUGUCCUCCGCAGUUUAAACGGGCCCCGCUGGCUGCGAUGACGUCAGUCGCCUGCGUGCGACAAAGAAUCCAAUGAAGGAAGAGAUUUUUCCCAAUCAACCUUGCACUGAAUCGUUCCGCAGCGCAAGCCGGACGAGAAGGACGAGACGCGCGUUGACAAUCAAACAUCUUGUUUGUUCAUGGUUUCGGUUUAUUUGAAAACCCCGUUCAUUUGAUCUGCGACACACAUUUUUGUGAAUGUCAGCGCGAGAUAUAUUUUAUUAUUUUUUUUUAUUUUUUUUUUCCGCGGGAUCCAGUAAUCCAGAGUGAAGCUACGAUGAAGUCUGAGAGACAUGUGUUUCAUAUUGUUUUGUAUGUCCACAUAUUUUCUUAAACCUUUUUUCUUUCUUGGCCUGUCGGGCGAGCACAUGCAGCAAGGCUUUCGAGCGCUGCAGUUAUUGUUAAUGCUCCCGAUAUACAGAUAAAAAGACGACACGUCAGCCUCUGACAAAGCCAUGCAUCUUAAAUAUGUAAGCGUUUGCGUAGUGUAGUUGCGUCCGUGGCACUGGUCACAGCGAAGAGCUAAUACCUCUGGUCGCUGGGGCAUCGAUGGCAGUGAGCCUUAAAAGUUCCCCCGACGCGCAUGAACAAGAAUCGGCGUCGGGGGAACUCAGAAAGUCAGAAAUCACCCAUGAUGCCUCGGUGCAGUAUGACCACUCAAGUCAUGAUUGUACAUGUGGCGAUGAAGAUCCAAAGACUUUUUUAACGACAAUCACACAAAAGUGCACUUAACGCCGCCCUCAGGCGCGAGGGUCAGAAUCUGAACUUAAGUGGACCAGUGUUUCUACCUGUGGAUGAGCAUUCCUGCUGUAUUAGUUAAAUAUACUUUAUUUUUUUCUCUUAACAAGGACAGCCUGGCGUGCCCAUUGUUCAUCAUUUAUGUAACGCCGCUCUGUUUACUGUCAGCGCCGGGGAUGUUUUGCUCCCGGACCAAACAAUGGCAUUUUAGCAGUGGAGCAAUAGUACUGAGACAGUUGAAAAUCCACACAGUGCAAUUGGACACAGGUUAAGCGCAACCAAAGCAUAUGAGAACAAUGUGCUGUCCCUGGACUGGCACGGCCCGAAGAACUUCAAAGACUUUGUAGGAGUUUGUGAAUGUUUCUCUUCUCCAUCCAAACAGACGAAAAGCACCGAAAGCACAGGACGGAUGCAUAAACAGAUUCAUUCGACUUCUAUUUAUACAUUCGGAUGCCGUGCCUUUGAAGUGCUCUUUGCAUGACUAACACAGUUAUGAUGGUGCUAAUACAGUAUGUUGGCUUUUUUGCGUUUCUUCCUUUAUGUCGCGUUUUUGUGUGUGCGCGCGCGCACUUGUGUUUGUGUGUGUGUGUGUGUGUGCUUGCAGCUAAAAAAACCUGUUGGAUAUUUGCUCAUGUAACGAGAAUGUGAAAAAAACAAACAUUUAAAACAGCGGAGUGUAGCUUUGAAAUACUUUAAGAGAAACCUUCCGUGACGUCGACCUGACAUACAUCGUGUCUUAUCUCUUUGUCUUAAAUCAUGCGAAUGAUUUAUUUUUGCGUUCAAGCGAUGAACGCCGUGCCUUCUUAGAGACCAAAUUAUCAAUUGACAUAUCAUGCUGACCAACCUGUGUGAAGGUAGCCUUAAAAGAAACAAAAAAAAAACAAAACUGGAGCUUAACUAAAACUACAGACCAGGUCCAGUUUGAUCGUAACUGACUGUCUGAUAUUGUUUCUGUACAGUGUACAUAAUAACGUCUUGUUUUAUCUGCCUUUUUUUUUCUACUAUUUUCCUUUCCAAAAAAAAAAAAUAAACCUUAAUAAAGGUAAAUUAUAUACA